AUGGAAGCGGAGAGGAGCAGCUCUUCCGUGCACGCGAUGAUAAAAGAGGCAGCCAAGAAGCCAAUGUGCAGGGAUCGCAUCUCUUCUCUUCCCGAUUCCCUUCUCCUCGUCAUCCUCUCCAUGCUGCCGACCAUCGAUGCAGUGAAGACCAGCAUCGUAUCCAAGCGAUGGCGCAACCUCUGGACCCAACUUCCCCACCUGGACCUCCAAUUUUCUCCGGAGAGCUUCACCCAGAACCCUCAUCACGUUCGCAAGGCCAGGCAGAAGUUCCUCGAGUUCGUCAGCGGCUGCCUCAUCCUCCGCAAUCCCGACCCUCUUCAGCGGUUCCGCCUCUCCUUCAACUUCUACGAACGCGCCAAGCACUCGGCCAUGGUCGGCGUCUGGUUCCGCUCCGCUCUCGAGCGGCACGUCAAGGAGUUGAUCCUGGACGUCGCACGUGGCGGAGAAAGCGGCUUCUAUCGGCAUAGGGACAUGUAUUCCUUGCCCACUUCCCUUUAUCGCUAUGAGUUGCUGACGAGCCUCUCGUUGUGCUACUGCGAGAUUAAGCUGCCUACGAAUCCUUUGGGUUGGAGAUUGCUAAGGAGCUUAACUCUGAGUCUAACUACUCUGAGUGACGAUCUGCUUGAAAGAAUUUUCCUGGAAUGCUCCUCGCUCGAGACUCUAAUUUUAAAGGAGUGUGAUGGCAAAAGCGCAAGGACGGUGGCUGCUCCGAAUCUUAAGCACCUGACGGUGGAUGACUUGUGGUAUUCGCUGAAGCUUUCCGCUCCAAAUCUUGUUACGCUGACUGUUUAUGGGUCGGUCUCGCGUGUGACCCAUUCUUUGAAGGACUUGGUGUCUCUGGUGCGUGCAACCAUUAUCCUUCGAGAUGCAGGAAGGGGGUACUACAAUAGUAUGGAACGGGUGGCCGACAAUCCGUUACAUAGGCUGCUUAUGGAUGUUCAUCAUGCACAAGUUCUGACAUGGUGCAAUUGCUGCACUGUGGAAAUAAGAAGACUCCAAUCACCUUUUAUGAGGUCAGAGAAGUUGGUUUUGAAGGUCACCUUGCGUAGGUGGGAGAACCCUGGGAUAUACAACUUGCUAAGACGGUCACCAGAGCUUGAGACACUUGUUCUACAGAUAAACGCCCCUGGUGCGUGUCAUGGACCAAAGUUUAAUGAAGAAUUCAAGAGGUUCAGCAAACCUUUCUUAAGUAUUUAUCCAGAACCAAACAGCAGUGAACUCUCUUGUUUGGAGCAUCAUCUGAAGAACUUUGAGAUAGAAGACUUCACGGGACUGCUCUCUGAUGAUAGCUUGUCAGGGAAGCGCUACCUCAAGUUCCAAGAAAGGGUCCUGGGGCUUAUAAGGUUUAUCCUGAUUAAAGCACUCGUUCUGGAGAAAUUUACCAUACGAAUGGCUCGAAUGCGUAAAUUUGAAGAAAUGUCGGUGAGUAACCACAGGAGGUUGGAAACUAUUCGGAAGAUUCUGUCUUUCCCUAAAGCUUCCCAUGCUCGGAUAGCGUUUCAUACAGAUGGAAUGUAG